AUGAACGUCAUCGCCAGCGUAAAGACGUACCUGGAGAAGAUCAUCUCGGACCCGCAGCUCCAGGGCAUGAAGGUGCUCGUGCUCGACGCCGACACCACGAGCUUCGUCAGCCUCGUCCUGUCGCAGUCGCACAUUCUCCAGCGCGAGGUCUUUCUCGUGGAGCAGCUGGGCGCGCGGCACGAGCCGAUGCUGCACGUGAAAGCCGCGGUCUUUGUCCGUCCCACGGCUCGGAACGUGGCGCUCCUGCGUCGGGAGCUGCACAGCCCCAAGUACAGCAGCUACCACGUCUUUUUCUCGAAUCUCGUGUCUGCGGAAGCGCUGGAGAAGCUCGCGGAAGCCGACGAGAAGGAGGUCGUGCAGCAGAUGCAGGAAUAUUAUGCCGACUAUUUGGCCGUCAACGACUCGCUCUUUGACUUGGGACUGCGCAACUGUAUCCAACUUUGCGUCAAGAUGCCGACGUCAGUGGCUGCCGGCUCGCUGCUCUCCACCGCAACCGCUGGAGUCCUGACGACCGAUCCAGUCAACAAGACGACGAUGACGCCGUCGCAGUUGUUCCAACGGAGUGUCGAAGGACUGCUAGCGGUGCUGCUCUCAAUGAAGAAGCGACCGAUCAUUCGGUACGCUAAAGGGUCGGACGUCGCCGAGAAGCUCGCGCGAGAAGUGUCGGCGAGGAUGCAGCUGGAGCAAGAUGGACUGUUUGACUUUCGACGGCCGGACGUCGUCCCUUUGGUCUAUGUACUAGACCGAAAGGAUGACCCGGUGACACCGCUACUGACUCAGUGGUGCUACCAAGCUAUGGUGCAUGAACUGCUGGGGUUGCACGAGAACCGGGUGAACCUUCGCGAUGCGCCGAAUGUGCGCAAAGACAUGACGGAACUUGUGCUGUCGACGAAUUCGGACGAGUUUUUUGCGCGGCACGUGCAUGCGAACUUUGGGGACCUGGGGAUGGCGGUGAAGCAACUUGUGGACACGUACCAAGCGCAGACACAGACGCACGAGAAUAUCCAGUCGAUCGACGACAUGCAGCGCUUCUUGGACAACUACCCGGCAUUUCGAUCUCAAUCGGUGACGGUAUCAAAGCACGUGACGUUGAUGGGUGAAUUAGCUCGUCGCGUACAAGUGGACAAACUCAUGGAUGUAAGCCAACUCGAGCAAGAGCUUGCAUGUGGAGAUGACCACAAUGCUCAUUUGCGUGAAGUCGUGGCAAAGCUGAAAGACGCGCAAGUACAACCCAUGAACAAGCUGCGACUUGCCAUCUUGUAUGCGUUGCGCUACGAGACCCACAGCUCAAUCCAGCUAAAAAUCGUCAAAGAGCUGAUUGCCACUGCUUUCGGGGGCGGUCCGUCAUCGGAGUGUGUAGCUUUGAUCGAUGCAGUUCUCAAGUUUGGUGGUCAGAAGGCUCGCCAAGGCGAUUUGUAUGGCGACCGUGCUGGUUUGAAGAAGUUCAUGCGAGCGGUGACACAAGGAGUAAAAGGUGUGCCGAACGUGUAUGCACAGCACGUUCCUCCGCUUGCGAAGAAGCUGGAAUUAAUUUUGAAGGGCCAGCUGCUGGACCACGAAUUCGGUAUUGUAAACGGAAGCGCCGGUGCUGCAGUAUCAACUGAUUUCAGCGGAAGCAAUGGUGUCAAGCGCGUACGCGAUGUGAUCGUGUACGUGUGCGGUGGUGUCACGUUCGAAGAGGCCAUGAAGGUCGCUGAGCUGAAUCAGAAGGCAGCUGCAUCGGGCUCAGGCCAGCGUAUUCUGCUUGGCGGGUCAUGUAUCCACAACUCCACCAGCUUUCUGAAUGAAGUAGCAACGGCUUUCAACUUGAGCUUUCCUCAAGGUCACACCGAAAGCACGACAGGUAGCUGGCAGUAUGAUGGAAAGAAGCUCUAG